AUGAGUUCCGAAAAAGAUCCCCUUGUUGGCGAAAGAUCUGGAAUUGUUCGGGAAGUAGGAAAUCAUGCCAUAUGGAGUUUAUCUUCUUGUAAACCAGGCUUUGGUAUUGAUCAGCUCCGAGACGAUUGCAUGGACACCUAUUGGCAAUCAGAUGGACAGUUGCCUCACCUUGUAAACAUUCAAUUUCAACGCAAAACUAUGGUCUCACAUAUAUAUAUUUACACGGACUACAAGUUGGAUGAAAGUUAUACGCCGAGCAGAAUCUCUAUUAGGGCGGGAACACACUUUAAUGAUUUACAAGAAAUUGAAGUUAUAGAGCUCAUUGAACCUAGCGGUUGGGAAAUGAUACCAAUAAAGGAUAUCCAUGAACGACCAAUCAGAACAUAUAUGAUUCAAAUAGCAGUACUGAGCAAUCAUCAAAAUGGGAGAGAUACUCAUAUGAGGCAGAUAAAAAUACAUUCUCCUUGUGAGCCGACGUCAUUUGAUAUGAAUAAGUUCCGAACAUUCUCCACUGUACAAUUUCAACAAUAUGCAACAAUACGAUAA